GUGGCGGACUCCACAGGCACAGGCUUCGUGUACGGGACCAUGUUCGGCUCGGUGCUGGCAGCGAUCGAAGGGAUGCGAGCGGCCCCAACGCAGCAGAGACUUCUGGGGGCGUUGCAUAAUGCUAAGGUGUCCGUGCCAGAAACUGCGGGGCGCAUCGCCAUGGUCACGUGCUUCUUUCGCGUGGCGGCGCUCGGAAUUGAGGAACUUCGCGACAAGCGCGAUAUGUGGAACACUCUAUUGGCUGCACAAGUUGCGGGGGCCAUGGUGAAGGCUCGACAUGGACCCAAAACGGCGAUGAGUAGUGCGUGCACCUUUGGG